AUGGCUCGGCUACACCAAUCCACUCGCCACAGGCGGCAAACCCCAUACCUCGCCUCUCUCUACGCACUCUUCGCUACCGCCGCAUAUGCGCAAGACUCAAAACGCGGUUUCGCAUUCAUUGGCGACUCACACGUACCGGACAAUCGGCUACUUACUUCCGACAACUCACCACUGGCAUGGUAUUACAACUGGUCACCAUACCCGAACAGCGACCUCAUUCCCGCGGACAGCCUAGAGUUCGUGCCUAUGAUUCACGGCAUAGACGCCACGGAAGACGAUAACACCGAACGCGUCAUAGCAGGCUUGCCCCAAAGUAGCAAGCAUCUUCUCUCCUUCAACGAACCAGACGGCACCGAGGGAAGCGGCGGUAGCAGUAUCAAGCCUGAAGAUGCUGCGAAAGCAUAUAUCGACUUUGUUGUGCCAUUUCGGAAUGGCGACAAAGGUGGCAGGAACUGGUUGAUCAGUCAUCCCAGUACAACGGGAAGUCCAAACGGUCUUGACUGGUUACGGAAAUUCAACGAGUCUUGCUACGACAUUGACUCCGAAAAUGGCUGCCCGGCGGAUUUCGUUGCUGUGCAUUGGUACGGCGCUUUUGAUGGUCUGGCAGGCUGGUUGGGCACCCUGGAUGAGUUCUACAACACGAACUCGACGAGGGAUCAGCCGUUGAAGCUUUGGAUCACCGAGAUGGCGCUUCCGCAACAGGACGAGGAGAACACCGUCGGCAUGAUGAACCGGACACUGCCGUAUCUCGAUCAGCUGGACUACGUUGAACGCUACUCGUGGUUCGGUGCUUUCAGGACAGAUGAUGCCAACGAGUGGACGGGCGAUGGCGUCGCGCUAUUUGAUGAUGAUGGCGGUCUGACCCAGCUUGGUGCUCUGUACUUGGGUAAUGGAUUUGAGGAGGGACAGAAGGGUGAGGGUGCUGAAGAGGAUGCGGCGAGUGGGCUGAGGGUCAGUGCUGGACUGAUGGCUGCAUUGUCGUUGUGCGCGGCCGCGUUUACGAUGCUUUGA